AUUCUGCCUCAUUCUCAUCAUCCUCUGUCUUCUUCGCUUUGUUUUCCAAAGAUAAAAAGCAGGACAGAACGUCACGGAUAGGAAUCCACGAUAUCCGUGAUAUGACAGAUUACUAUUACAAUAAAAAAAAUGAUGCUCCGCUUUUACAGCCGCCAUUGAAGAAAAACAAAAAGAAAACAGGCAUCUUAGUUCAAUGUUUAGAUAAGAUGAAUCAUCUGGGAAAGCAGUGAAGUGUUCCUUUACGUCUAAAGGGGCUGAUUAGAAACUCCUGAGGAGAAAUGCAGCAGCAGAGGAAGACGAGUCGUGAAACACAUCGAGUCAGGAUGCGGCUCCCCUCCCAUCCGGAGCACAGGGAGUAGGCGGGGUGCGGCUUAUUCCUUAUUAAGUACUUACAGCCUCUCCCCUCUCAUAGCAGGGAGAGAGAGUGUGUGUGUGACAGAGAGGGGGCCAGUCGGCUGCACUGAUUCAAAGGCUGUAUGUGUUUUUGUGUUGUGCUCCUCCGCCUCAUCACUCGCACACUAGAGGGAAUUGGAUUCCCGAUCACCCUCCAAUCUUCCGCCCCAGAGCGUUCCCUCCCCCUCGUCCCUUCCCUCGCUCCCCCUUCUGUUUUCCUCCCCCCUGGUGAGGGAGCUCCGUGCCGGCCCCAUGAUGAAGGAGGAGGGCCUGCUGAACCGCCGGCGGUUUUCCACGUGCGGCGGGACGGCGUCGCUUCGACCGCCGCACCCGGACGGACGCAAACUCAUCCGCAACGCCUCCUUCGGGGGCUAUAAUGAGCUGUCGCCCAUCUCGCUUCCAGGUUUCGAGAGAGUAAAGGAGGACCUUCUUCCUCUGCCGUUGAAAGAGGAUUCGAAUUCCAUAUCAAAGAGCAAGUCUGAAACCAAGCUGUACAAUGGCUCAGAAAAGGAUGUGCCAGCGUCUGGCGGAAAGCUCACCAAGAAGGAGUCCCUCAAGGUGCAGAAGAAGAACUACAGAGAAGAAAAGAAGAGGGCAACCAAGGAGCUGCUUAGCACCAUCACAGACCCUUCUGUUAUCGUCAUGGCCGACUGGCUGAAGAUCCGAGGCACGCUGAAGAGCUGGACCAAGCUGUGGUGUGUGCUGAAGCCGGGCGUCCUCCUCAUAUACAAGACUCACAAAAACGGCCAGUGGGUGGGAACGGUGCUGCUGAACGCCUGCGAGCUCAUCGAGAGGCCGUCCAAGAAGGACGGCUUCUGCUUCAAGCUCUUUCACCCGCUGGAGCAGUCCAUCUGGGCGGUGAAGGGUCCUAAAGGAGAGGCGGUGGGCUCCAUCACGCAGCCGUUACCCAGCAGCCACCUCAUCUUCCGCGCCGCAUCGGAGUCUGAUGGUCGAUGCUGGAUGGACGCCUUGGAGCUGGCCCUGAAGUGCUCCAGCCUGCUGAAGAGGACCAUAAUCCGGGAGGGGAAGGAGGACGUGAGCACAGUGUCCGCCGGUGGAGAGCACUCCAUUAACUUCUACAGCCUCCUCAGAGCCCACAAUAUACACGGCUUCCAGUUCAACGACGGCGACCACCUAAAAGACCCGGACCUGUACUCGGACAAGUCGGACCGGGAGGGCGAACAGGACCACGAGGAGUCGGACCCGGAGGGCCUGGAGAAGAGCGAGGAGAGCGACAGCGACACGUCAGAGCGCCAGGACGACUCGUACAUCGACCUGGACCCCAACGAGCACCUGCAGGAAACCCCGUACAUGGAGCAGUCGCACGAAGAGCUGGGGGAGGCCGGCGAGGCUGCACAGACGGAGACCGUGUCCGAGGAGAAUAAGUCUCUGAUCUGGACUCUGCUGAAGCAGGUGCGGCCAGGCAUGGAUCUGUCCAAGGUCGUCCUGCCCACCUUCAUCCUGGAGCCGAGGUCCUUCCUGGACAAGCUGUCCGACUACUACUACCACGCAGACUUCCUGUCCGAAGCUGCAGUUGAAGAGAAUGCCUACAGCCGGAUGAAGAAGGUGGUGAAAUGGUACAUCUCUGGAUUUUACAAAAAGCCACAGGGGUUGAAGAAGCCGUACAACCCCAUCAUCGGAGAGACGUACCGGUGCAUGUGGCUCCAUCAGAAGACCAACAGCAAGACUUUUUACAUCGCAGAACAGGUGUCUCACCAUCCGCCAGUGUCGGCCUUCUACGUCAGCAACAGGAAAGACGGGUUCUGCCUCAGCGGCAGCAUCCUCGCCAAGUCCAAGUUCUACGGAAACUCCCUGUCAGCCAUUUUAGACGGAGAGGCUCGGCUCACCUUCCUCAACCGAGGGGAGGACUACGUUAUGAACAUGCCCUACGCUCACUGUAAAGGCAUACUGUACGGAACCAUGACCCUGGAGCUGGGAGGCCAGAUCACCAUUGCGUGUGAGAAAACGGGCUACAGCGCUCAGCUCGAGUUCAAACUGAAGCCGUUCCUGGGCAGCAGCGAUUGUGUCAAUCAGAUCUCUGGGAAGAUCAAGCUGGGAAAGGAGGUCCUGGCUACUCUAGAGGGACAUUGGGACAGCGAGAUCUUCGUCAACGACAAGAAAACGGGCACGAUGGAUACUUUCUGGGACCCGACGCCGGAGCUGAGGCAGAACAGGCUGACGCGCUACACCGUCCCACCUGAAGAGCAGGGGGACUUCGAGUCAGAAAGACUGUGGCAGCACGUGACUCGAGCGAUCAACAACAAGGACCAGACGGAGGCCACCAACGAGAAGUUCAUCCUGGAGGAAGCUCAGAGGAAGGCGGCCCGGGAGCGCAAAGCCAAAUGCGAGGAGUGGAUCCCCGCCCUGUUUGAGCAGGACCCCGUCACCGGAGAGUGGCAUUACAGAUAUGCCGACACCAGGCCGUGGGAUCCGCUCAACGACCUGAUUCAGUUUGAGAUAGACGGCUGCAUCCAGACCAAGGUCCGACACCGCACCCCUAUGGUAACGGUGCCAAAGAGAAAACACAAGAGCGACAAGCCCAAGAGCCCCGAGAGCGGCUGCUCCUCACCAGAACCGGAUCGCCAUGACUCGUCGGGGAGCGAACGACACAAAAGCAAGCAUAACAGUCGGCUGAGGAAAAAGGGUGCAGACCUCAGCGAACUUCAAAGUGCCAUCGGCUCCAUAAAGCAGACGCAGGACGACAUUAACAGGAGCGUCGCGGCGCUGCGGAUGCGUUCAGCAGGCCGGGCGGAGAACACGUCGUUCCUCCAGCAGCGGGACUACGUCGUCAUCGCCUGCCUCGUCGUCCUUCAGGUUCUCAUCAACUACAUUUUCAAGUAGCGGCCGCAAGGCCUCAACGUAAACUCCCUCUCUGUCUCACACAACACACACAUAUACCGGAGUUUUUUAGACGAGCGGACCUCCAGCUCACUCAUUCUCUCCGCUUAACGAACCCAUAUCUUUGUGUCCUGGAAAAGCAGAAGAACUCGGAAAGAGACCGUUUUUAACGUAUUUAUUCGCGACCGUCACCAUUCCAAAUCUCCGCGGAAAUGGACGGAUUUCAAAGAGAGGAGCAGCGGUGAGGGGAUUUCACAUGGAAAAAAGGCUCGACUGCCUCUCGGGGUUUUCUUUUCUUUCUGUUUUUUUAUUAACUUGCCUUGAUGUCAAAGGCAAAGACGGCAGCCGUUUUUUAUUAGCUGUUUCAUUAUUAUUAUUAUUAUUUUUUAAUGGAGUGAUGCUACUCUGAUGUUUCACAUUUCACCUCAAACACACAAAAAUAACAAGGACCACAGGUCAGAUUGUAACACGUACAUGAGAUCCCUUUAAUUUUAGUGCUUUUUUUUUUGUUGUUGUCUAUUUCUCUUUUUUGUUUUCCUAUCUCAUCUUGUGUUUAACGGAAGCCUGUUCAGAACAGAAAACAAAAAAAGGGAAAGAAAAACAGAGUAGUCCAAUGUGUGCGACUUUUAUUUUUCUAUGAUCCGAUCCUCUUAUAUUCACCGUCGAUUCCACGUCUGGAAAUAGAAGACAGUGAGAAUAACACAAGGGACAAAAGGAACAGAAGCUAUAGAACUCUGCUUUUUUGCGUACAAAGUUGUUGUUUAGAGAGAGGAAAAAAAAAUAGAUCACAUUUGACACGUGUGUAUGUUGUAAGUAGCGAACUUUAACCCUUUGGAGACCAUUUUUGUCUUAUGGCACAAAUGCACUGGAAAAUGUGGGGCAUUCACUUUGGUAUCGCCUCAGCAUUGAGACAGACUGAUGCUCUAAUCAAGAAAAUAAAAAAUUCUAUAUAUAUAUAUUUGAAGUCUUUUUAAAACACCCCAGUGACCACUGCCCUUUUACUGUUCCAAUUUAAGCUAGCCGUUCUUUUUCUUAAAAUUAGUAAUGAAGAAUCUAAGAGUGGCACUCUUGUCUUCUUAAGUCUAAUUUUGUAGUAUUGGUAGUUUCUUCAAGCUUAGAGUGAGGACGAAUUAUUUUAUUUUUUUUUUAUGCUCACUAUUUUAACAUCUCUUUAACAACUUAAGUAUAAAAGCCUCACAUCUAAGUUUGAAAGGGCGCCACUUGUUAUCGCUCUUAUUAACAACAAUUCUACCAAGCCGGUUCUAGUGUUGAACUACGUCUGGUGCUGUAGCCGGUUUUCAACUGGCUCUAUAGACAAUCCAACAAAAACGAGCUAAAGCACGCCGUUCGCCUUGCCAUCGUCAAGCAGGUGUCCUAAUAUAAUUGGUUGCUCGUCCAAUUCAUUUAAAUGUGGUUCAUAAGUGCAACGAUAAUGAGAGAAACCUUCAUGAUUUUAUCAUUCGUUUCUGAAUGUUUCCGGUAAUAAUGUUUCUAUGCAGGCUGACCAUUUUUAACGUGGUAAGCUGAUGUUAGCAUGCUUCUCGUUGGUUUAAGUCGACACUAUUUGAACUUUUUCCGCAUUUCAAUUUGGUUCCAGUUAGUUGUCUGCUGUUAGAGAUGACAGAAAAUGAACGAUAAAUCUGUAUUUACCACAGAGAGUAGAGUCUGCACGCAAAGUCGACGCCUUUGGUUUGAUUGAGAGCUUCCUGCUUGGAAGCAAACGUUGAUCUAAAUCUGGAGUUGAGAACCGUUUCUGUAAGUAAUGCCACCAACAGUUUUUCUUCUGGUUGGAAGGACCAUUAAUGUAUUGAAGUCCUAAUUUAAGUGUGCUAAAGAUUAGGGUGAUGACAAUAAUGCAAUCUAAAUUAUUUUCAGCAAUGAUAUUUUUUAUAUAAAAUAUAAAUACAACAAAUAUUCUUUGAUUUUUUAUUUUUUUUCAAAACUGAUACUCCUUUUAUAUUGCUUUAUCUCUUACGGGGCUCUUUUUGUUUGCUUCCUUAAAUAAUUAUUUGAAUUCAAAAUCUACGAAGGGUAUGAAUAAUUUAUGAGCCGUCUUUUAGAAUGCCAAAGUGGAAUCUGUUAUGUCUUGUUGGCGUUUCCAAAUAGCUGCACAUUGGAGGUAAACAAGCUGUUUCAAUCGGCAUAUAAACAAGAGUUUAUUCAUUUUGUUUCAGAUUACAAGUGUGAAAACAACUCUGUGCACUGAGCUACUUUUACAACAUGGUGUUCACAACCAUUUUAUCCGACUGCUGGUGUCCAUGAGUGCACCUCUAGUAAAUAACUUUGCCCAAAUAUAACUUCUUUAUUUAUUUUUGUGGCAAUUUAGUGAAAAAACGAGUGCCAAGCAAGCACCAGCAACAGUUUAACAUGUGGACUGGAUUGGUGGGGAACUAGCAUACGGCAAAAAUAGACUCCGAGUAGACAAAAUCAAAGCUCAAACACUUUGUUUGAACUUCACUGCCUGACUGCAGCAGCUCCGCUGCACGUCCGAUAAAGAGCAUCAGUCACUUCCUCCAGCGCAUUUGAGCCUCAACGUUUCAAUAUGUAACCUAGAGUAGACUCUGUUCUGAGGCUCCUCAUCAGAGCGCGUAGACUUGCAAGACUUUUUCUAACCGUCGCCAUGUUGAUAGCAUUCCAAAUGUACAAAAAACUUGCAGCCAAACUCUUUGUGUGUUAGAGUAGAAGUCAGUUGGAGUCACUGUGUAAAUAAUCCAGGUGGCGUGCCCGGAGCCUCCGGAGCGGCACUGCGGACACUCUCACUGUGUGCACUAACCGUUUUCCUCCUCCUGUUUGAGUUUUACUAGAACAUCCUGGUAAGUUUAGCAGCAGCACUGGUUUAAUGUGUUUUUUUAUUUUUUUUAUUUAUGUCUUCGCCUGUUAUGAUGUUAGCCUUGUCGACGUUUACAUAUAUCCGACCGCCUCCGCCGUCAGCAGACUGUUAAGCGAUGGAAGCUUCCGGACACAGAGACCGGUAGCGUUCGUAGGAGCCAGCUGUACCCCUGGAAGUUGCCCGGCUGGCCCGAGUGCAUGUGUGUUUGUUUUUUCCCGUGCGUCCUCAUUGCCUGAGAUGGUAGAAUGUGUGGAAAUAAGUACAUACCAGUGCCUUUUAGAGUCAGACAUGGGGUGAAGUUUUGUAGCUUAAAGGAGGUGGUGUGGGCAGGGUGCAACAGAACGUAUAGUUUGAAUUCAGACUUGGAUUGUGGUUGGGGUUUACUGUAGAGUUGUAGUGUGGACGGUGCCAUAUGAAGUCUGACUCCACAGGUAGAUGCCCGCCGCCCGUAGAUACCCAAAGGCCGAUCCCCUGCCACAGGAGGAAGAGUGCAGUUUUCCUUCCCGUCUCCCUUGUCGUCAACACACAAAACGUGGAGGGAAGCUGCCAUCUUUACUGUACGUCGUCGUUGCCGUGUCUGUGAAAUAUCGUUUUAUUUAUUCCUCUUUUUGUAUGUGGGUUUAUGUUGAACAUUUGUUUUUCGGCUCAAAGUUUUAGGUCACUGUUCUUUUGUCUUAUUUAAUGUUAGUUUUAUUUUUCAAAAUCCACACGCUCGUUUUUAAUCCACUUCACGUUGAUACCAGACACACAGGACUGUCCAAACUGGGACAUCUUUUUCCUAUUCAAGUAAUUGAAUAUAUUUACUGUAUCUCCAUGGAAACUGUAACUUCUCUGAAGUUUAUGGUCACAUGUAACACAAUAAAAACAAAUGACAUACUUAA